CUGAAGCGUCUGCAAAGCGACCGUGGCCACGGUGCUCUGGCCCUGGGACUCAGCGCUGUCUGCCUGGACUCAGCGUCCAGCUCACGGGUGCCACCAGAAAGGACACCUAUUGCACCCUUGAUUAGUUUUCCUCCAUGCACUGGUGAAGGAGGAGUGGGACUCGAACUACUACCCUCUGCAUAGGCCUUCAGGGCAGGGAGGUGAGCCCGCAGAGGCCCUGCAGGGGCAGGUGGAAGGCAGGAAGGAGCAGGUGCAGACCGCGGAGGUUGCCAACCGCACCCAGCCAAGAGCCAGGCUGCUGCGUGCUCCAACCCAACUCGAACUGGUGUCUGGGACCUGAGUGACAAGGAGUCCUCAGCACAAUGGUCUGGCUCCUCUUGGUGGUCUUUCCAGCCAUCAUUUUGCAGCUCCCUCUCCUCCCCAGAAGCCCCAACAGGCAUGCAUUGCUGGUGGGAGCCUCCUCUCAGCGGUCGGUGGCCAGAAUGGACGGAGACAUUAUCAUCGGGGCCCUGUUCUCAGUCCACCACCAACCUCCGGCGGAGAAGGUGCCAGAAAGGAAAUGUGGAGAGAUCAGGGAGCAGUAUGGCAUCCAGAGGGUGGAGGCCAUGUUCCACACCUUGGAUAAGAUCAACGCGGACCCUGUACUCCUGCCCAACAUCACCCUGGGCAGUGAGAUCCGGGACUCCUGCUGGCACUCCUCCGUGGCUCUGGAGCAGAGCAUCGAGUUCAUCAGGGACUCCCUGAUUUCCAUUCGUGACGAGAAGGAUGGACUCAACCGAUGUCUGCCCGAUGGCCAGGCCCUCCCCACAGGCAGGACUAAGAAGCCCAUAGCUGGCGUGAUCGGCCCGGGGUCCAGCUCAGUGGCCAUCCAAGUGCAGAACUUGCUUCAGCUCUUUGACAUUCCGCAGAUCGCUUACUCUGCCACCAGCAUCGACCUGAGUGACAAAACUUUGUACAAAUACUUCCUGAGGGUGGUCCCUUCGGACACUUUGCAGGCCAGGGCGAUGCUUGACAUAGUCAAGCGUUACAAUUGGACCUAUGUGUCUGCUGUCCACACUGAAGGGAAUUAUGGGGAGAGUGGAAUGGACGCUUUCAAAGAGUUGGCUGCCCAGGAAGGUCUCUGCAUCGCGCAUUCAGAUAAGAUCUACAGUAACGCUGGUGAGAAGAGCUUUGACCGACUGCUGCGCAAGCUUCGAGAGCGACUUCCCAAGGCCAGGGUGGUGGUUUGCUUCUGCGAAGGCAUGACCGUCCGAGGCCUCCUGAGCGCCAUGCGGCGUCUUGGCUUCGUGGGUGAAUUUUCACUCAUUGGAAGUGAUGGAUGGGCUGACAGAGAUGAAGUCAUUGAAGGCUAUGAGGUGGAGGCCAACGGAGGAAUCACAAUAAAGCUGCAGUCUCCAGAGGUCAGGUCAUUCGAUGAUUAUUUCCUCAAACUGCGGCUGGACACGAAUACGAGAAAUCCCUGGUUUCCUGAGUUCUGGCAGCAUCGCUUCCAGUGCCGCCUCCCAGGGCACCUUCUGGAAAACCCCAACUUCAAGAGAAUCUGCACAGGGAAUGAAAGUCUGGAAGAAAACUAUGUCCAGGACAGUAAGAUGGGGUUUGUCAUCAAUGCCAUCUAUGCCAUGGCCCAUGGGUUGCAGACCAUGCAUCACGCCCUCUGCCCAGGAUAUGUGGGCCUCUGCGAUGCCAUGAAACCCAUCGAUGGCAGGAAACUCCUGGACUUCUUAAUCAAGUCCACGUUCAUUGGUGUGUCUGGGGAAGAGGUGCGGUUUGACGACAAGGGUGAUGCUCCCGGAAGGUAUGAUAUCAUGAAUUUGCAGUACACUGAGGCUAAUCGCUAUGAUUAUGUCCAUGUCGGAACCUGGCACGAAGGAGUGUUGAACAUAGACGAUUACAAAAUCCAGAUGAACAAGAGUGGGAUGGUCCGGUCUGUAUGCAGUGAGCCUUGCUUAAAGGGUCAAAUUAAGGUCAUACGAAAAGGAGAAGUCAGUUGUUGUUGGAUUUGCACGGCAUGCAAAGAGAACGAAUUUGUGCAAGAUGAGUUCACCUGCAAAGCCUGUGACCUGGGGUGGUGGCCCAAUGCAGAUCUCACAGGCUGUGAACCCAUUCCUGUCCGCUAUCUUGAGUGGAGUAACAUAGAGUCCAUCAUAGCCAUCGCCUUCUCCUGCUUGGGCAUUCUUGUUACCUUGUUUGUCACCCUCAUCUUUGUGCUCUACCGGGACACGCCAGUGGUCAAGUCCUCCAGCCGAGAGCUCUGCUACAUCAUUUUAGCAGGCAUCUUCCUUGGUUACGUGUGCCCUUUCACUCUCAUCGCUAAGCCCACUACCACCUCAUGCUACCUCCAGCGCCUCCUGGUUGGCCUGUCCUCUGCCAUGUGUUACUCCGCGUUAGUGACUAAGACUAAUCGCAUUGCGCGCAUACUAGCUGGUAGUAAGAAGAAGAUCUGUACUCGCAAGCCCAGGUUCAUGAGCGCCUGGGCCCAGGUAAUCAUUGCAUCCAUUCUGAUCAGUGUCCAACUGACCCUGGUAGUAACUCUGAUCAUCAUGGAGCCCCCCAUGCCCAUUCUCUCCUACCCAAAUAUCAAGGAGGUCUACCUUAUCUGCAAUACCAGCAACCUAGGUGUGGUGGCCCCUGUGGGCUACAAUGGACUCCUCAUCAUGAGUUGUACGUACUAUGCCUUCAAGACCCGCAAUGUGCCCGCCAACUUCAACGAGGCCAAAUAUAUCGCCUUUACCAUGUACACCACCUGCAUCAUCUGGUUGGCUUUUGUGCCCAUUUACUUUGGGAGCAACUACAAGAUCAUCACUACCUGCUUUGCAGUGAGUCUCAGUGUAACAGUGGCCCUGGGGUGCAUGUUCACUCCCAAGAUGUACAUCAUUAUUGCCAAGCCUGAGAGGAAUGUCCGCAGUGCCUUCACCACUUCUGACGUUGUCCGAAUGCAUGUUGGUGAUGGCAAACUGCCCUGUCGCUCCAACACUUUCCUCAACAUUUUCCGAAGAAAGAAACCAGGGACAGGAAAUGCCAAUUCUAAUGGCAAGUCUGUGUCAUGGUCUGAACCAGGUGGAAGACAGGUGCCCAAAGGACAGCAUAUGUGGCACCGCCUCUCUGUGCACGUGAAGACCAGUGAGAUGGCCUGCAACCAAACGGCCGUCAUCAAGCCCCUCACUAAAAGUUACCAAGGCUCGGGCAAGAGCCUGACCUUUUCAGAUACCAGCACCAAGGCCCUUUACAACGUGGAAGAGGAGGAUGCCCAGCCAGUCAGCUUUAGCCCUCCCAGCAGCCCCUCAAUGGUGGUGCACCGACGCGUGCCAACCACUGGGAGCACCCCACCUCUGCCGCCUCACCUGACAGCAGAGGAGACCCCCCUCUUUCUGGCUGAGCAGGUCAUCUCCAAGGGCUUAUCCCUGUCCCUCCAGCAGCCACCACAGCAGCAGCAGCAACAGCUGCCCCAGCAGAAACGCCUGAUGGACCAGCUACAGGGCGUGGUUAACAACUUCAGCCCUGGGAUCCCAGAUUUCAAUGCAGUGCUGGCAGUCCCCGGGGCCCCAGGGAAUGGGGUUCGGGCCCUGUAUGCCCCUGCAGGGCCCUCGCAGCCUCUGCAAAUGCUCCCGCUUCAGCUGAACACCUUUGGUGAGGAGCCCGCCUCCCCCCCAGUAGACGACGAUGACGACGAGGAUGACAGCGAGAGGUUUAAGCUCCUCCAGGAGUACCUGUACGAGCGAGAAGGGAACACGGAGGAAGAUGAGCUGGAGGAGGAAGAGGACGAUCUUCAGGCGGCCAGCAAGCACACCCCAGAGGCUUCCCCUGCCCUGACGCCACCGUCCCCAUUCCGGGACUCAGUGGCCUCCGGCAGCUCUGUGCCCAGCUCUCCGGUGUCUGAGUCGGUGCUCUGCACCCCUCCCAGCGUGACCUAUGCCUCUGUCAUUCUGAGGGACUAUAAGCAAAGCUCGUCCACCCUGUAAAGAGAGAAGGAGGACGUCCAGAUGGAAAAAGCAGGAAGGAGGAGCCAGGGCAGCACCUCCAGAGAAAGAAGCAGAGAGCCCGGGGAGGGAGGCCUGGCAGGGCGGCCCAAGUCUGGGCCAGGACGCUGCUGCUGCUGCUGCUGGCUCCUUCAGGAGGGAAAGCCGGGUUAUAAUAAUUUAGCAAUCAAUAAACACAUGAGAUCCAAGAGAGGAUGCUGGUUCUCGAAACAUUCAAAAACCUCUCUCUGGGAAGAAAAGGAAUUCUGACAAAACACAACCCCACAGAGUAGGUAAUUUCUUUGUGACAAAAGAAAGAAGAGUAUAAUUUAAAAGGUCAUCAUCUCCUCUUUCAGAUAAAUGUGCAUAGAUACAUAUGCCCACCAAACACUUAGCUGGGAUGAGAAAGGAAGAGCAGUGGGGUGAGCUGUUAUGAAGCCUGGUCAUCAAGUCAGCACGGAGGAGCCAGGCAGGACAUGCUGGGCACUGAGAGCUGGACAUGGAACCCCCCAGAGGGCAGACACUGGCACAACAGCUCGGCUCUCUCCAGUCCUCCCUAUGGGCCCCACAGAGUUCUCGGUCUUCAGGAGACUUGGGAGUGGGCCUAAGUAAGGGUCUCUCUUCAGCCGCUGCCCCUCAGCGAGUGCCAACUUUGCUGUCAUACUUGGAGAAUGACCCACGGACAGGACAUCCUACUGCUCUGCAUUCCCCCUCCAUUUCGGAACCCAGAAACAAAAAGCAAAGUUCACACUAAAAAGUGCUUCAUUCUGCUAAAGGAGAAGGGAACCGAAAGGCAGAGAAUACAGAAACACACGAGCUCUCGGGUGUUUGAAUAAAGUCAGUUAGUACUGUUAGGGUCUCAUACUUGAUACUCAGCACUGGCGAAUGUGGAACAAGGUCCUAAUAAGAGAUUGUUUUGAGCGUGGCAGAUCUCUUGUGGAUUAAUUUGUGUUUGUGCCAAGGGGACUCUUCCUACACCAUUUAGAUAAAGAGAAUAAACCAUGUGGCAAAAUUAUUACCUUCCAUUUACUGUAGCAAAUAAUACUUACCAAUUGAACUGAAAUGCAGCUUGUAUAUCUUGGUGCCAUUGUUUCUCCUAUGUACAACAGAAACAAAUCAAUCUUUGAAUUGAAUGGUGUACUCAUAUUAACUGGUUAAAAUAGCAAAUAAUUAUUAUCCCCGUUGUCACAGAAAUUCCUGUGCCUAGUGAGUGAGUGUGUCCUGUGUCACUGUAUACACAUACUAAUACAAUCUGUGCACUGUAAUGUCAAUCUAAUUGCGAUUAUAAAAUUGUCUUUUGGCUAUCGUAUAGAUAUCUUUAUGUUUCGAUAAUGUUUUAUAUAUCAUUGUCACUAAUAGAUAAAGGAGGUAUCUUAAGAUUUGAGAGGUGUGGUUUCGUGUUUUUCAUACAGAGUUAAGACAGUCCUUUCUGAUUCUAAGAGGAAACUUAUUUUUCAGAUAUGCUAUAUUAUAGAAAUAUGUCAUUAAUGACGCAGUUCAAAAAUUUCCUUUCUUAAGAAUUCAGGAUAAUGUGGGCAGCCCUAAAAAAAGGUACAUUUUAUGAACUUGCACACAUUAUCAAAAUGGGAGCUGGAAAUGACAGCGUCAGAACUUAGAUGAUUUGAGCCUAUUUUACAUUUUUUAAGGUAUUUCUGGUUGUUUGACUUUUGACCUCUCAUCUCAAUAAAAAAAAGUUCUUGCUCUUGAGUUCUAUUAUUUUUAGAAUUAAUAUUUCGCCCUUAAGUAUAUUUGUUUAUGUUUAGUCACUUUAAUAAGUUUCCUUUAUGUUGAACUGAUGAUUUCUCAGCUAAAAAUCACUUGUCUUUCCAUAUCAAAUGUAUCAUUUGUUAAGCAUUAGAAUCAUCUUCAAUAUUUGAGGUCCAUGUUUCUUAUGUCUUCCAAUCCCUGUCAGCACCAUAUCGAGAAUGGAACUGCUUUCUUUUAGAAUAGAUAGUUAUAUUUUCUAACAUUUUUGGAUUUCAGUUCUAAAUUACUUUUGUAAUGGCGAGGCAGGGUGAGGAAAAUGGAGGCUUGCUAUGUUUAAUAGUUGCUCUCCUCACUGGAAGAUUAGCAAGGGAAAGGAAUCAACUUGUUACUAGUGAGAAAUGCUUAAUAUCUUAAUGCCAGUAACAUAUAUGUGCUCGGUAACACAGGACUUGUGUAUUCAGAUUUUUAAAAUGAAAAUAGAUGACAAAGACAGCCUCUACAGUUCUGACAACAUAAGAUCAGAUAGUUCCGAGGUUUUAGUCUGAGGUAUCUGGUGAACACAUUCAACACUAAUCUCCAUAUUUCCCUAAAUGCCUACUAGGAUCAUGAUUUAAAGUCUUACUGAAUAUGAUUAUUAGAUUAUUAGCUCUUCUAGCAUAACUAUUUAAAACUGAAAAAAACGAUGUACACAUAAAUAGCCUUUACCAAAACUCUUCAUCUUGUAUCUGCUUAUACAAGUUGGUUAGCUUCUUGUCAGUGUUUUCUUUGGCUCAUAACUAACUGCCUUUUGUCAAAUACUCUUGAUAAUGCUGUAUAAUAAAGAUUUUUCUAUUUAUUAAA